UCGUGGGACUCACUGAGUUGGAGUUGAGAUCGGACGCAAAGUAGUCCACCUACAGAUUUCAGCAGAUGCAGUUGGGAAAAUGACAGUGCUCCAGAUUUUAUUUUUGCUGAUCCUGGUCAACAGCAAUGGAUCUCAGAAAACCGACUUGGAUGCGGAUGAGGACCCAGAUCAUUCAGGACCAGAACCCAUCGAUGGACGAUCGUUUUUCUUUCUGGGCACUUUGUUUCGUCGCUGGCGUAACCGCUGGAUGGCCUAUCACAAUCCGGAUCCCAUAUUCGCCGGCCCCGCCUAUCCCAUAUCUGGUUAUUACAAUUGUCCUGUAUAUGGCUGCAACCCGGCGGCUAUUGGUCCUCAACCAGGUUACUACGCUACACCUGCAGGAUUUUACACCAUGCCUCUGAAUCAGCAGCAGGCUCAGGGGAACAGCAAUGUCUAUAUCUAUCAAAGUGAUCAAAAUUCCGCGACGUCUGUAAGUCCCAUGGGCUAUGGUUAUCUGAGUGGGGCUUCGCCGAUACGACCAGCUCCGCCUUUCACUCCACCACCACCUGGUAUGCCGCCGCCCUCAUCCGUUGGAUCGGUACAGGCCAGCGCAGGUGGGUAUUCUGGACCAGGAGCAGGAUCUGGACAACGGCCAGGACCGUUUCCAAUACCCUUACCCCAGUUGGGAUGAAUGGGAAAACAAGUAGCCGGAGGAAGCGCUCGCCCAAGUAAACAGAGCAGACAAAGUAAAAGAAAACAAUACAAUUUUAAUUGAAAUGUGUGCGUCAAAAAAAGUUAAGUGAAAAGAGAUAAAAUUAAGUUUUCGAAUCCAGAAAAUGUUUUGCACACUAAAAACCGAAAUCUAUUGCAAGAA